UUAUAUUAUAUAUAUGCUGCAAGUUCCAAGUUGUGUAUUUCGUAGCAUGCAUGACACAUGCGCAUUAUGUGGAUUGUCAUAUUUUGCAUUUUGAUUUCAAAUAAUUUGUAUUGUUUUUCGAGAAGAAAUUCAUCGCAAAGUCGUUGGCAAAGUUCAUUAGAAAUGAGUCAGUUUUACAUCGAAAUCGUGCAACUUCGCUCACGAAUUGCAUUAGAAAUGUACAUUAUAACUUUAUAUUUUUUAUCGUGAGUAUUUUUUAAGUAUUAUGUGUGUUACUCAGUUGCCAUAGAUAAACAUUAUCAGGUUUGUUUAUUGUUGUCUCCAAAUGAUGUACCAGUGACGUUGACAUUUCUAGAAGUAAUAACAAUAUUUGUCUACUAUUUGCUAGAAUACCUGAGCAUAUGGUGUAUAUUAUAUUAGCAUAUGUUAUUAGUAGUUUUCGCGAAAAAUUAAAAUGUCAACCGUAGAAGAAUUACAAGCGAAAAUCAAACAAUUAGAAGCAAAGUUAUCAGCUUCUCAAAAAAAUGUACGAGAAAAAAUUAAAGAAAUGUCUUCAGAGGUAACAGAUUCUAAUCCAUACAGUCGUUUAAUGGCACUUAAACGUAUGGGUAUAGUGAACAAUUAUGAAAAAAUCCGAGAUUUUACAGUGGCAGUAGUAGGAGUCGGAGGUGUUGGAAGUGUAACUGCUGAAAUGCUUACAAGAUGUGGUAUUGGAAGAUUAAUAUUAUUCGAUUACGAUAAAGUAGAACUUGCUAAUAUGAAUAGAUUAUUUUUCCAACCUCAUCAAUCUGGGUUAAGUAAAGUAGAAGCUGCAGCUGAAACUCUCAGAAACAUAAACCCCGAUGUUGAUAUUCGAACUUAUAACUAUAAUAUUACUACUGUAGAUAAUUUUGAUAACUUCACAGAAGUUUUAAGGACUAGUAAUUUGAAUGGAGGUCCAGUAGAUUUAGUAUUAAGUUGUGUAGAUAACUUUGAAGCUAGAUUUGCAAUAAAUACAGCUUGUAAUGAAUUCAAUUUAUCUUGGUUUGAAUCUGGAGUGUCUGAAAAUGCAGUAUCAGGACACAUCCAGUUCAUUGUACCAGGAGAAACUGCAUGUUUUGCUUGUGCUCCUCCCUUGAUUGUGGCAUCAAACAUUGAUGAGAAGACUUUAAAGAGAGAUGGGGUCUGUGCAGCUAGUCUUCCAACAACUAUGGGUAUAGUUGCAGGAUUUUUGGUCCAAAAUAGUUUGAAACAUCUUCUUCAAUUUGGGAUUGUUAGUAAUUAUUUAGGAUAUAGUGCUUUGACUGAUUUUUUCCCAACUAUGACUCUAAAACCAAAUCCAAAUUGUGAAGAUUCCAACUGUAGGUUGAGACAAAAAGAGUUUGCUUUAAAACCUAAACCAGAAAUUGCAGUUGAAGCAAAAGAAGAAAAAUCUGUCCAUGAAGAUAAUGAAUGGGGCAUAAGUUUGAUAGAUGAAAGUGUAAAUGUUACUGAACAAGUUACUGUAGCUGAAGGGAUACAAUUGGCAUAUACUUUACCAAACAAUGACAUUGUUGAAGAAUGUGAAGAGGCUACUGCAGAUAAUGAUAUUAGUUUAGACGACUUGAGAGCUCAGCUAAAUGAUAUGUAAUUCCAAAUAAUAUUGAAAUCUUGAGAUGUAAUCAUUAAUCGAAUUGAGGACUCCGCAGCAAGAAUGACGCAGCUCCAUAAAAGUCGAUUUUGAGAAAAUAAAAAAAAAAAAUUUUAAAUGCCAUAGUUUAUUAGAUACCACUUUUACGUUUUAAACUGCCAAAAGCACGUACCUUAACAAUUACAAAUACCAAAAAUCUUCUAAAAAUAUAAUACACUGGAUAUCGUUUAUAACGACCUUCAAUGGACCAGGCACAUUUGGUCGCUAUAGCCGAUCGUCGUUAUAACCGAUCAUGACAUCUACAUUAAGCAAAUGUGAAAUAGGAAUUUUGUUAAAUCAAUUACACAUUGUCAACAUAAUAAUAAUAGAAUUUUUUAUUGAUAAUGAUAUAAAACUUAAUUUUUUAAAAUAAUUAACAUAAAUAAAAGGAAAAUCAAUUUCGAGCUGAAAAGUAAUCGGUAAUAACUUUUUGUUUUUUACAUUUUUUUAGAUAAAACUCGCGCGAAAUUUUUUUUUUCGAUUUCAUCAAGUCCAGAUUUUAUAUUCUGAGUACAAAAUUGAUUGUCACACAUCACAAAUUUCUUCAAAAGUUGUGCCGCCCUCAAUGCGUCGGUUAACGGUGGGAUGUCAAGUUGUUCUUCUUCAUCCUCUUCUCCAUUGUCGGUUUCAAUAUCGGCGUCAAGUUCAUUGAUAAGGUCCUCAUCACUAAUAUCGGAAUUACGGAGUUUCUUUUUUUUUAAUGAAUCCCCUUUUUGAACAAUGUCUUUUAUCUCAUCUCUUUUUUUUCCAAAUGAUAUUGUAGAGUGACUCACCUCUAAUUCUUUUGCUAGGCUGACGUUCGUUUCUCCAUUCUCUAGAUGGCAGCAAAUGAGGUAUUUCUCCUCCAACGUAAAAGUUUUUCUUUUAAACAUGAUGUUCACAAGUUAACACACAGAGUUGCACCUUUGAAUGUUAAAGUUAAACUACAUAAGCAAAGAGUGGUCAGAAAAGUCCCCACCACUUCAAAACCCGAUCGAAAAAGGUUUCCUGGAAAAAUUAGGGAUUUUUGUACGCAAUUUUCUCCUUAUGAAUUACUGGUAAACACCCAGAAAAGUCCUCACCAGUUUAAAACCUGAUUUUCUAUCAAAAGGGGUUUCCUAGAAAAAUAAAGGCUUUUGUAGACAAUGUCUCCUUAUGAAUUACAGGAACGGCGUCGCUAAAACCGAUCUUUUAAUUUGGUGGGUCUUACCAAAAAGAGUUAUUAUAACCGAGGUCGUUAUUUCCGAUCAAAAAUGCGUUGCUAAGGCUUGUAGAAUCACGGGUCCGGAAAAUAUGGUCACUAUAACCGAUACGUCGUUAUAACCGAGGUUGUUAUAAACGAUAUCCAGUGUAUUUUAAAGCAAAUAAAAAGUUGUUUUUUAAUGGAUCUACGUCAUUCUUGCACCAAAACUUCAAAAAGUGUGCGUGUCUGCAAUAAUGAAAGAGCUAAAAUUACAUUUGAACGCAAAAUUUGUAUAUAUUUAUUACAUAAACUUUAUUCAAUGCUACUCAUUAAACAAAAACAAUAAUAACAAGUCAUAGAAUCUAAUACUAUUCAAUAGUUUCUUCGUCGUUGGUCAUUUCGACGUCACUACAUGUGUUCCCCUGAGCAAAAGUUAAUUUUUCAUAGUAAGAUAGGUAUUGAUUUGCCAGCACCAUCAUGUUGUCAUAUUUUACUUUUUUCAAUGGCAACGUUGAAUAUUGAAUGUACUAUAGAUAGAUUCCACUGUUUGCUUCAUAUAAAAUCAGUUUGUAUUUGCUUAUCGCAAAUUUCUGUCUAAGCUGGUUGAUGACUGUUUUCUUAAAAUGUGGCUUUAAAUAAUUUACAAAGUCAAAAAUCAUGUUUUGUUCUAGUGGGACCACUUCAAAGUUUCUGCUGCAUUUGCCAUAAUGUGUCAUAUAUUCUUGAGGAGUAAAUAUUCGUUCGAUUUUUCUUAAUGCUUUUUCUACAACCCCAAAUGACCUGUCACAUGGCAAGAAGGAGUGGCCAGGUUCAGGAUAUCGAUGAAGAAUCGACUGAAACUGUUUUGUUUGGGCCAAAGUGAAUAGAUGUUGUACUAGGCUUCCGUUCUUAUUUUGAGCAGCGCAGUUGUCUGAGAAGAUAUAUAAUGUUUUCACAUCCUUGGACAUUAUAUUUUUGAAAUAAUGAUCUAGGAAGCUAAUGGUUUCAUUGGGUGUCUUUUUGCCAGUGGUUUCAUCAUACAUGUAAAAAUGCGAAAUUCCUGUUUUGGCUGAAUAAAUGCAGAAAUUAAAAACCCAUAACUGCCUAAGAUAAAAUGCAUCUCCUGAGGGGACUUUAGGUAAAGGUGCAUUCUGUUGAUCAAAGCAGAGUACCUCUACCUCGGGAUUAUUUUUAACUUCUUCUGUUUUUUCUUUGAGUGCAUCAAAGAAUACUUGAGCACUGCUUACAUGGAGCUGUUUAGAAGUUUUAAUUUGGUUUAAUUCUUCAUCGGGUAAAGGUAGCUUAAGUUUAUUCUCAUAUUCGUCGCAAGACUUGCAAGUGUCGGACCGUGGGCUGCCAAACGAAAUAUUAAAAUUAGCCUUGAAAUAUCUAAAGUAGAAGUCGUAAGUCACUUUCGGACGGAAAAGAUGUUUUUUAUCUUUUAGGCCAUAUAUAUCAAACAUAUCUUUUUCAUAUUUUUCUAGAUAUAAUUCAUACAGCUUCUUGACAUUUAAUUCCGGUGAAAGAUACAUUUUAUUAUUAUUUUGUUGUCGACUGUAAUGAGACGAUCUCUUGGGAAAACUGCGAAUAUGGCUAUCUACUUGCUCAACGAUUUCUGGGGGGAUCAUGUUGGGUCUAGUGUGAUGCUUUCUGUUGUAAUAUUCGUUUCUUCUAUAAUAUAAAUAAAAGAAAUUUAUACAGGUUCUUCUAUACUUUUAUUAUAUUAGAAGUAAAACUACACAAAAUGACUUGAAUCUGAAAGUAACCAUUUUUUUUUUGACAUAAUAAUCAUCCUUGCCAACUUAAUUGCUGGGUUACGUUCAGGAAUUUUUUACAACACUACCCCUUAAACCAGCAAUUAAUUUAGACCAAUAUUUUUAGUACAAAAAAUAUGCUUGGGAUUAUGCAGCCCUUUUGUUAAAAGAUCUGCUACCAUUUUUUCAGUAGGCAUGUAUUUAAUUUCAACCAAAUUUUUUUCAAUUACUUCCCUUACAAAAUGGUACUUAGUGUCUAUAUGUUUAGUUCUGUUAUGGUAAACAGGGUUUUUUAACAAUUUUUGUGCACUUUGGCUGUCAUUGAAAAGAAUUACGGGCUUAGUCUCACAAAACUCAUUUAAAAAACCACUAACAAAUAUGGCUUCUUUACAUGCUUCAGUAAUGGCGAUAUACUCGGACUCAGUACUAGAAAGUGCAACACAAGAUUGUUUCUUGGAUUCCCAAGAGAUUGGAGCAUUACUCAUUUUUAGAACGAAUCCUGAAUAUGAUUUCCUGUCAUUUAUAUCAUUUGAGAAAUCUGCAUCUACAUAACCAUACAAAUUUUUGUCUGAUUUACAAAAAAUUAGGCUUUUGUCCAAGGUCCCUUUUAAGUAUUUUAAUACCCGUUUUGCAUGUUUCCAGUGCUCAAUACUGAAACUUGAAUUAAAUUGACUCAAAUAACUAAUACUAAAUGAUAUAUCUGGUCUUGUAUGGACUGCCAAGUACAUUAAUGAACCAAUUAAAUUCUGAUACGGUACAUUUGGUUUUUCAUUAGUGGUUGACUUCAAUAGGAGUCAAAACAGUUUUAGCAUCACCUAACUUGAAACGCUCUAAUAAUUGUAAAAUAUAGUCCCUCUGAUUAACUUUAAUCAUAUUGUUUUGUUUGUCAAAAUCAAUAUUUAAACCUACAAAAUAUUUGAUUGGCCCCAAGUCUUUAAUUUUAAAUUGUUUUGACAAUUCCUGUUUGAGGUUGGUUUUAAAAACUGAGGAAUUUGAACAAAUUAAAAAAUCAACAUAAAGGGCCAAUAGAAUUAUAAAUUUGUCCUUGUUUUGGAAAAAUAUACAUGGUUCAAAACUUGAUUGCUGAAAACCUAAGUCUUUUAAGACAUUUUUUACUUAUUUAUUAUUAUUUAUUCCAAAUUCUGGAGGAUUGUUUUAACCCAUAUAUAGCCUUUUUUAAUAAACAUACUUUAUUUUCAUUAUUUUUUAGAAUAAAUCCCUCAGGUUGCACCAUGUAAAUUUCUUCAUCCAAGUUUCCGUUUAAAAAUGCAGUUCCUACGUCUAAGUGGUCAAUAUCUAAACUUAAUUCUACAGAUAAAGCAAACAAUAUUCUUAUUGUAGAGUAUCUAACUACAGGUGAAAAAGUUUCAAAAUAAUCUAUACCAAAGGUUUGUGUGAAACCCUUUGCAACUAGCCGUGCCUUAUAUCGUAUUUCAUUAUUUGAAUUCCUUUUUAAACAAAACACCCACUUAUUUUGCACAACAUUUUUGUUUGAUGGACGGUCUACUAAAAUCCAUGCCUCAUUUUUCAUUAAUGAUUCGUACUCUUGUUCCAUUGCUUUUGCCCAAUUUCUUCGGUCACUUCUUGACAUCGCUUCAUCUACGGUCUUUGGAUCUUGCAUUUCAUUAUAAGUUUCCUUAUUCAUCACAUUGUAUGAAAUGUAACCUUCAUAAUAUCUUUUCUUUGACACCCUUCCUGAUCUGGUUACAAUUUCUUGAUCAUUAAUUUCCUCAAAGUUUUCACCUCCAGUUUCUUCUGGAAUUUCAUUUUCUUCUUCAUUGAUAUUAUUAUUUGAUCCUCCACCUUCUUCAUUUAUGUCACUAUCAUCCACUCCAUGUUUAGUUUUUGUUUGUAGGUCAACAGUAAUUGCUGAAUCAGGAUCUGAGUUGCUAGUUUCAGCCUUACAAUUUAUAUUUUUAAAAGGUUGAUUCAGAAAUUCAUUAAAUUUUACAUUACGACUUAUAAUAAUUUUAUCUGUAUCUAGAAUUCUAUAAGCUUUACUAUUUUCACUGUAUCCCACCAUAAUACCUGUUUUUGCUCUUUUCUCUAGUUUAGAUCUUUUUUCUUUUGGAAUGUAAACAAAAGCCUGAGAACCAAAUGUAAUGAAAUAUGAUAAAUCAGGUUUCUUUCCGACCCAUAACUCAUAAGGUGUCUUUUCUUUACUUUUAGUAUGUAGUCUAUUAGAAAUGUAGUUAGCAGUUGUUACUGCUUCCCCCCAAUAUUUAUGGGGUAAAUUAGCAUCUAAUAACAUACACCUUUCCGAUUCCAUCAAUGUUGUAUUUUUCCUCUCCAACACACCAUUUUGCUCUGGACAAUAUGGUGCAGUCGACUGAAAGCUUAUACCAAAACUUUUGAGUAGCUUCUGCACAGCUACCCCUGUAUAUUCCCCUCCAUUAUCACUUCUAAAUGUUUUUGGAUAGACCCCAAAAAUAUUUUUGACUUCUAGAAUGAAUUCCUUUAGUUUAAUAUAUACUUCAUCUUUAGAUUCUAAUAAAUAAAGUGUGGUAUAUCUUGAAAGUCAGUUAAAGUCAAAAAAUAUUUCUUUUUACCAACAGUAGGGGUUCUCAUAGGUCCACAUAUAUCACUAUGGAUUAAAUCAAGAACUUUAAACGUCUUAUUUUCUGAUUUUUUAGGAAAAGAUUUCCUCAUUAAUUUACCUUCAAUACAAGUGAAACAUUGUUUUUUCUGACCACAAUCAUUUAUUUUUAUGCCAAUAGCUAAAUCUUUACUUACUAUCAUUUUUAUAUCAUCAGGGCUUCUGUGACCUAAACGUCUAUGCCAUGUAUGUAUACAAUUAUUCAUUUCCUCACACGUUUUUACAAUAUUUACUUUUUCUUUGACUUGCAUUUCCUGUCCAUUUGCAACUAUAAUUUUAUUUAACUUUGAAUAGUCCAAUUUAAUAAAUAAUUCUGGAUUAUUUGACAUGUGACUUGUAGCCCCUGAAUCAAUAUACCAUUCUAGAUUAUUUUUACUGUUACCGGAAACAUUGAAACAAAAAACUGAGUCAGACAACUCAUCACCUUCAACAGUUACUUUGGCAUGUUGCUUUCCCUUAUUUCUGUCUUUCUUCAUGAAAAAACAAUCUUUUUUAUAGUGACCUUUUCUAUGACAAUAAUAACAUUCUAUUUUUUCUUUCAUCUCCUUCGAAAACUUUUUAUUUGUGUUUAAUGCCGUCUCUGUUGAACUGGUAUCUUCUUUUCUUUUAUACUCAUCCAUUAGUUUUCCCUUUACAUAUUCAAGAGUCAAUUCAUCAUCUGGACUAGCAUCUAAUGUGGAAUAACUUUCUGGCAAUCCACCUAACAAUAAUGCAGCUACAUGGAAAUCCUUAAUAGUCUCACCAAUUCCUCGUAGUCUUUCAACUAAUUCUAGUAUUUCUUUAAUGUAUUCAUGCAUUGGUUUAUUUUCAAGUCUAGACUGAUACAGCUUCCUCAAUAAAUACAACUUGUUACUUAAAUUAUUUCUUUCAUGUACCUUUUGCAGUUCAUUCCACAUUUCUUUCGCAUUCUUGCAUUUAUAAAUGUGUGCUAUCUGAUUGUCUUCGAUACUUAAUGAAAUUGUAGCUUGUGCUUUUUCAUCUCUACGUUUCCAUUCAACAGAUGGUUCAUUUGGUAUUGCCUCUUCUACAACAGACCAAUUUCCUUCUCGUGUAAGCAACAUUUUAAUUCUAAAUUUCCAAUUUUGAUAAUUGUUGUUGUUUAAUCUGGCGAAAGUAAACUUUACACUUUCAGAUUCCAUUUCUGCUUUUAAUUUGCUUUACAAGCCAAGCCGGCACGCCUUAUUUUUUAGGUUAGCUUUUAUACUUUACUUUGAAAUUCACUGAAGCUUAUUAAAUCUGGCCUGGGCCCAUAACCUGUUGUAAUAUUCGUUUCUUCUAUAAUAUAAAUAAAAGAAAUUUAUACAGGUUCUUCUAUACUUUUAUUAUAUUAGAAGUAAAACUACACAAAAUGACUUGAAUUUAAAAGUAACCAUUUUUUUUUGACAUAAUAAUCAUCCUUGCCAACUUAAUUGCUGGGUUACGUUCAGGAAUUUUUUACAACACUUUCCAUGACCAUCCUUAGGAGAUGUGAUAGCGUCGUUAGAUUUUAAGAAAGCUGUCAAGCGAUUAAUUCUUUUAGAUGAUAUACCAUGAA